AUGGUGACAGUCAAUGAUACCUUGGUCAAGGUUACAAUGACUGGCGGUCUUACCAAAGAGGAAAUAGCACUUUAUGAUAGACAGAUUCGAUUAUGGGGGAUGGAUACCCAAUUAAGACUAAGAUCGUUCAAACUACUACUAAUAAAUGUUGGAGGUAUAGGAACAGAAAUAGUUAAGAAUCUAGUACUCGGAGGUUUGCAUUCAAUUGAAUUACUUGAUGAUAGUAAAGUAAAAGAAGAAGAUUAUUCUAGUCAGUUCUUCCUUCCGAAGGAAGAGAAAGCCAUUGGAGAAGUAAAACUACCAUUAAUAGUUGAAUCCAUAAAGGAAUUAAAUCUGAGAGUUGAACUUACAAUCAAUAUAAAAUCUUUAGAUCAGCUUUUGGCGGAUUCCCCCGAGUAUUUCUCGGAGUUCAAUUUAGUUAUAGGCACUGAAUUAACCAAACAACAAAUGAUAAAAUUAAAUGACAUUUGUAGAGGAAAUCAAGUCCCAGUGUAUUUCACUGGGUUGCAUGGAUUAUUUGGUUAUAUCUUCACUGAUUUGAUUCAACAUGAAGCCACUUGUGAAUGGGAUACGGGGAACCAACAGAGGAAACCGGGUACCCAAUUGAAUCAUGUGAAACAAAUAAUAAAAAUUGAACUGGGAGGCAACGGAAAAGAAUUGGUUACCAUUAAAGAUAAUUUCAAUAAAAUCUCAGAUAUCUUCCACUCUAAACAAUUACCUCAUCAAUUAAAUAAUCGACAAUUGAAACGAUUAUCUGGGGCUUUACCAAUAAUCUUUGCCUUAUUGGAGAUUGAAAGACCGGAGAAUCCCGAAAGUAUUCUUGCUCAUAAUGAUUUAAAGGGUAAAGCUUUGGACAUAUGUAAAGCCUUAAACAUUCCUUCAUCAAUUAUAACUGAUGAGUAUGUCGAAUUAUUCACCAGAAAUGCCUUCACUGAGUUUUCUCCGGUUGCUGCUAUAAUAGGUGGUUGUUUGGCUCAAGAUGUGAUUCAAAUGAUCAGUAAAAAGGAAAGUCCAAUUAAUAAUGUUCUUAUUCUUGAUUCAAUCAAAUCUGAAAUGCCCAUAUAUGCUCUUUAG